CGCUCGGCUCGGCGCUGGGGGCUUGAAGCGGCGCCGCUCUCCGCCCGCCAGGCCACCCCCAGCCCCGACUCGCGCCCGCCGGCUUCCACCGCGCCCGCCCAGCCCCGCGCCCGCCCGCGCUCCCUCCCCCCCCCCCAGGCCCGGCGCCCCCUCCCCAGGAGCCGCGGGGCCCCGCCACUUUCGCCCGGCCCCGGCCCCCGCCGAUGCCGGCCAUGGUGGAGAAGGGCCCCGAGGUCUCAGGGAAGCGGAGAGGGAGGAACAACGCGGCUAGCGCGGCCGCCUCGGCCGCUGCCGCCUCGGCCGCCUCCGCUUCGGCCGCCUCCGCCUCCGCCUCCGCCUCGGCCGCCGCCGCCGCCGCCUCCGCCUCCGCCUCGGCCGCCGCCUCGGCCGCCGCCGCCCCCAAUAAUGGGCAGAAUAAAAGUUUGGCGGCGGCGGCGCCCAAUGGUAACAGCAGCAGCAACUCCUGGGAGGAAGGCAGCUCGGGCUCGUCCAGCGACGAGGAGCACGGUGGCGGCGGCAUGCGGGUCGGACCCCAGUACCAGGCGGUGGUGCCCGACUUCGACCCCGCCAAACUAGCAAGACGCAGUCAAGAACGAGACAAUCUUGGCAUGCUGGUCUGGUCACCUAAUCAGAAUCUAUCAGAAGCAAAACUAGAUGAAUACAUUGCCAUCGCUAAAGAGAAGCAUGGGUACAACAUGGAACAGGCUCUUGGGAUGCUCUUUUGGCAUAAGCAUAAUAUUGAAAAGUCAUUGGCUGAUUUGCCCAACUUUACCCCCUUCCCAGAUGAGUGGACUGUGGAAGAUAAAGUCUUGUUUGAACAAGCCUUUAGUUUUCAUGGGAAAACUUUUCAUAGAAUCCAACAAAUGCUUCCUGAUAAAUCUAUAGCAAGUCUGGUGAAAUUUUACUACUCUUGGAAGAAGACGAGGACUAAAACCAGCGUGAUGGACCGCCACGCUCGGAAACAGAAGCGGGAGCGGGAGGAGAGUGAGGAUGAACUGGAAGAAACAAAUGGAAAUAACCCCAUUGACAUUGAGAUUGAUCAAAACAAGGAAAGCAAAAAGGAGGUGCCCCCUACGGAGACAGUUCCUCAGAUCAAAAAAGAGAAACAUAGUACACAAGCUAAAAAUAGAGCAAAAAGGAAACCUCCCAAAGGAAUGUUUCUGUCCCAAGAAGAUGUGGAGGCUGUUUCUGCCAACGCCACGGCUGCCACCACGGUGCUCAGGCAGCUAGACAUGGAGUUGGUCUCGAUCAAGCGGCAGAUUCAGAAUAUUAAACAGACAAACAGUGCUCUCAAAGAAAAACUUGACGGUGGAAUAGAACCAUAUCGGCUUCCAGAGGUCACUCAGAAAUGUAAUGCACGUUGGACCACGGAAGAGCAGCUUCUCGCGGUACAAGCCAUCAGGAAAUAUGGCCGAGAUUUUCAGGCAAUCUCAGAUGUGAUUGGGAACAAAUCAGUGGUACAAGUGAAAAACUUUUUUGUAAAUUAUCGACGCCGCUUCAACAUAGAUGAAGUUUUACAAGAAUGGGAGGCAGAACAUGGUAAAGAAGAGACCAAUGGGCCCAGUAGCCAGAAACCUAUCAAGUCCCCGGAUAAUUCUAUCAAGAUGCCUGAGGAGGAAGACGAGGCUGCUUCUGUUCUUGACGUCAGAUAUGCAUCUGCUUCAUGAGAAACUCUGGUAGCUUUGAGCACUUGGUAUGGACGACUGUGUUAUCCAAGAUAUCAGGUAUUACAAGACAUCACCUAGCCAUCUGCAUCACAUCUCUGUGGACAAGCAGCUAUUACCAAAAAAGGCAUACACUUCCAGUCCUGUGCUCCAUCUGCCUUAAUUCUGUGCUCGUUCCUCCUUGUGGCGCCACUUCCCAGAGAGCCCCUUUGCAUCUCUCACACUCUGCCUAAGUGCUGGGGAGUCUUCAUGGCCUGCACGCCUCCUGUGACUCUGGGGACCCCUCCCCAGUCGAAGCUCCUGAGCCCCACCAAUGGCAGCUCUGCCCAGUCAGCAGCUUCUUCAAACAGGUAGUCCACUUGGAAGGCACGACUCUGUUCCUGCAUGGCCUGCAACUUCUACUUUGUGCAUAAUGUAAUUUUCAGAGUGACUGUGACCCUGUUGGCCUUUUAGAAAGUUUCUCUUGUUCUUUUCUGAGGCAGCCACCUAAGUGAUAUCAUGCUCCUUUGGAAAUCACAGUAUCCUGGCAGACUGCAUUAUAAUCUCCAUUGUGCCAAACAUCCUGAGACAGCUCACAUUUCCCCAAACGUUGGGUGUAAUUAUGGUUUGUAAAUUUAUCUGGCUUAAAUCUCGCCCUUCUCCCUUCCCAAGUGGUAGAAAGCUCAUUCACAGCAACUGUCCUUGGACACGAGCUUAAAGGGAACGUGGACCUCAACACUUUCUGCCUUCAGCUUUCAGCAUUGUAAUCCCAGGACGGGAGCCAACCCUGUCUUUUUGGAUCCCCCCCACCCCACCAUCCAACUCCAAGAGAUGCGGUCCAUACCACUGUACCUGGUGCUUGUGCAUUGGAAUUGGUGCCUUCUCCUUUUGGCAACCAUGUUAUCAACCCUUUUUCUGUUUUAGUGUCUUAUUUCUUCUUUAAAGUUUAUUGCUUGCCAAAGAUAACAUCACUGAGAUUAGGAGACAGGGGAGAAAUUGCUGCAGAUUCUGACAGAGUGCAGAUUUUAAAUGUCAGGUUAGCUCAAUAAGGGUAUUAGAAUAGCUGGUGAGGGUUUUGUAAAAGCUACACAUUGUGUGUUCCCCGUUCUGUUGGUAUGCCUGGCCUUCUACAUGUCACUCCAUACAGCUUUUUUUGUCCUUCAUAUACUGAUGUGAUCAUAUAAACACCAUUCUUUUCUCUUUUAAUAUUAUAGUACAGGACAGAGAAGUGAUCAGUUUAUUGGCUCUAGUAAGACCAAGACGAAAAGAAACAAUGUACAAAGUGGUCUGUAAUGCCUUUUGGUUGGACUGGGAACAAGUUAAAUGUUUCUAAUAAAUGUUCUGAGAUUUCCAGAAUCACUUAUUCUCGUACCAGACUCUGGACCCGCCGCGGGACUGAGGGAUAGACUGUCAGACUGCGUUCUCGCGUAACCUGUGUCCCGCCCACGGUCAGUCCAGCCUGCACUAAAUAUGUUGAAGGAGCUUUUGUUGUUGUUGUUUUGCAUCAUUUAAAUAUUUUUCCUGCUUUCAAUACCAAAAAGAAAAAAAAUGCAGAUGCUUUAAGGCACAAACAGAAUUCUUAAGAAUUUAAAAUAUGCAAUUAAAAUUUGAUGUGUUUUGACUCCCAAGCACCUUGCCCCCCCCCCCCCCUUUUAAAGUCAGCUGAUUGUCUUUUUAGGAAGAAGGUCAGCUAGAAACCUAGACUGUUUGGAAUUGUAUGCUUUUAGAAAUCUGGAGAAAGGUCAUUCACAAGGGGAGUAAAAUGGGACUUUCCCGACUUUUGUCAUCUUGUCCCCUCACAGGGUGUCUGUGGGUCAGGUAAGAGCGUGUGAAGAACGGCGUCUGAGGAGGCCAGAGGGCAGUCACAGCUUGCUGCUCCCACCUAGACGGGGUAGCAUAAUAACACUAGUCAUGAGGUAGGGUUUGUUUGGGCUUGUAUCGUAAGCCUGCUGUGUAAUUGGAAAAUGGCAGGUAAACCAUGGAGAGGAGAUGGCCAAAGUUUUGCACAUCGCUUAAAGGGGACACUAGGCAAGAAGCGAGGCCGUAGGUUCUCUUUGCUUCUCAAGGCCUCCUUCCUCUUUAUGGAAGCAGCAGGCAGUUUGCUGCAGUGGGUCUCGUUCUGCCAGCAGAUCUGUUCCUCUCUGCGUGCCCGGGCAAUUCUCCUUCUGGCAAGGCGUGAAAGCCCCAUGCUGGUUCCUAGGGAGCGGGGCAGGCAGCACGGCAGGGGCGCCGGGCCCCUGGGUGUAUUCUGCACCAUCCCCUCACGGGCUUACCCGGUGCUGAGGAAUCACUGCGGCCAGUACCCGAGGCCGGCCACAGCGGCCUGGCGCUGGCUUUCUCCACCAGAAGGGGGCGUCGUUGUUGUCAUUUGCCAGAAGGAAGAAGGUUUUUGCCAGACUCCUUCCUUGUAGUUUCAAGCAUAACGUAGCACUGUGUUUUAAACUCUUUCAUUACACUGUCUUUUCAAUGAUGUUGUAAAUGCAAGAAAUCACCUAGCUUUAAAAGCUGAGUGAUUGAUCUUAUUUAUGUGAAGCCCCUUUUUUAACAUAUCAAGACUUCGGUGCAUCAGCAGGUCGUGUUUGGAUGUAUAAGGGUCCACAGUGACAACUGCUUCGGAUGCAAUGUUCACUUAAGCUUUGUCUUCUUAAAAAUUGAUCAAUGUGAAUGUCAUAAUUAUAUAUAUAUUUUUGUGGAAAAUUUCUCCUAAGUAUAAGUUAUUGUGCAAAAUAUAGUACCAUUGAAGCAAAUGAUAGUUUAACUUUUAGUUUAGAAAUCCUAAAAGAUAUAAAUUGUACUGCAUAUGCAUUAAAAGUUUGUUUUAUUUAAUUUUAUGUAGGUGUGUAAAGUGUUAGGUAAAAAUUGUUUUCACUUAUCCAUUUAAACACCUUGUUACUUGAAUAUUGUGCUGACUGGUCUGAACCAGCGAUCGACCCUGUAACAUAGCUCUUUUGGCCAGGAAGGCCGUGCCUCAGUUGUGCUCACAGUCAAGUGUUGGUGCCUGCAGGGGCCGGCAGUUAGUGUAACACACCCGCCGCGUGGUCUCGGGGUGUCUGCCCACCAGGACACCAGUUCCUCAAAAUGGUUUUUGAUAGUUUUUAACCUAUACAACCCUUCGAUGGUCACCAACCUCUCUAAUCAAAAAAUGAAAAUGAAAAAAUUGUUGCGUUUUACAAGCUUACCGUGGUGGACUAAUUAAGCAGUUGUUUUCUGUGUAUAAAAGUUCCCUCCGAUACCACACACCACUCUAAGUGUGCUCACUGUCACUUUAAAUUUCAGCUAUGCCCUAUUUUUGUCUUUCUAACUAUCAGAUGUACUAUUGGUAUAAUUGCAUACCAAAAAUAAGCCAAACAGUGCAUUACACUAACUGGAUCCCUGCUAACGGAGCCGAGGAAAGACGGAGCCAGCUCACACAAGAGCCUCGCUUCCUCUCUCGUCCAGCCUGCAUCUAAGCCCAGUGACCCAGGAUCCAAGCUUUCAGUAUCAGGUGAAACUUGGCUUCACGUUGACUCAAGGUAGUCAGCCAAUCUGAAUCUAGUGGUCUUGUGCAAUGCUCACAAACAGAUUCUCUCUCCGCCCCUCGCUGGCCCCCUGCAGCUUUCCCUCUUACACUAAAGCACAAUUGCGGCAAUGUUAUGAUUCCGAAGAAGGAAGGUCCGUAGAGUCUAUGCAUGUCGUGUGAUAAUGAGUGUUUACAGUCACCUUCUCCGAAAACUAAAAUUCUUACUGGAGUGGAUAGUAUUCCAUUACGUAGACCUAUCAACUUUGCUAAGUGCUUUUUAGAUUGCUUAAAAUUUUUCAAGAUUUUAAAAGAUGUAUAAGGUUAAGUUUGCAAAUAUAAUGGAAAUGCUGUAUAUCUUUUGAAGUGAUAAAAUCCAUGUUGGAAUUUUAAAGAAAAUAUGUUGUAAUAAUGCUGUUGUAAGUAAUAUUUUAAUGUCUCUUUUUGCUUGUUUUCUAUAUCAGCACACUCAUUGUGGUGAAUGUUCAUAGCAUUAUAAUUGCUUAGCCAUUGAAUGAUAACAUUUGUUAGUGGAGAUUGAAAAAUUUAUUUGUGAAAUUCUGCAGAAUUCAUUUUUCUAUUUCUAAUAUUUGCUGAAGUUAAAUAAAAAAUUUUCAAGCCA